UUCACUUCAUUCACGUCGUAGGAGCAGGUCACUUACUUCAUUCAUGCCCGUUUAAAUUCCGUUUUAUCAGCGAAAUUCGACCGAUGCAUUGUUCAGGACGGCUAAUCUACUGCAUUCAGAGAAUAUUUUAAGUAUAUUGUGUUUUCUAGCGUGUUGAAAUUAUUAUUUGAAUGUAGUUUUCGUGCGGAUGGUCGGCGAGCUUCGUGGACUUUCAGGAUAGGGCAACAGUGGUGUUUUAAACUUCGCCUCGUUUAUUUAUUUCUAAAAGUUUAGCGUGAUUUGUAUUUGAGUCGUUUGCAAAGUUUGCAAGGAUGAGCGCUGGAAUCGCAAAGGUGGCGAAGCCAUCGACUCAUGUCGAUCCCAAAUCUGCUCCUCUUAAAGAGAUCCCUGAUAUUUUGGUGGAUCCCAGAACCAUGAAACGAUACAUGCGAGGUCGCUUUCUCGGAAAAGGAGGAUUUGCAAAAUGUUACGAAAUUACUGAUAUGGACACGAAGGAGGUUUUCGCAGGGAAAGUCGUGCCCAAGUCGAUGCUACUGAAGCCGCACCAGAAAGAGAAGAUGAGCACAGAAAUCGCCAUUCACAAAAGUCUCGAUAACCAACACGUUGUGGGAUUUCACGGCUUUUUCGAGGAUGAUGAUUUCGUGUAUGUGGUUUUGGAGAUCUGUCGGAGACGGUCUCUCCUGGAGUUGCACAAGCGGAGAAAGGCUGUAACGGAGCCUGAGGCCAGAUACUUCAUGCGCCAUACUAUCCAGGGUUGCCAGUACUUGCACAACAACAGAGUCAUCCAUCGUGAUCUCAAAUUGGGGAAUCUGUUCCUCAGCGAUGACAUGGAGGUGAAGAUCGGCGACUUUGGUUUGGCUACAAAGAUCGAGUUUGAUGGUGAACGGAAGAAGACCCUGUGUGGCACUCCAAACUACAUUGCACCUGAGGUGCUCUGCAAGAAGGGCCACAGUUUUGAGGUGGAUGUUUGGUCACUGGGAUGCAUUCUGUACACAUUGCUGGUUGGAAAGCCUCCAUUUGAGACGUCCUGUCUGAAGGAGACCUACAUCAGAAUCAAGAAGAAUGAGUACUCCGUACCUAGACAUAUUAAUCCAGUUGCUGCUGCUCUGAUUCGUCGUAUGCUGCACGCUGACCCCACACUCAGACCUUCGAUGUCCGACCUGUUGGCGGAUGAGUUUUUCACCUCCGGUUACGCUCCCGUGCGCCUGCCCACUUCCUGUCUCACUGUACCUCCCAGAUUCUCCAUCGCACCCUCCAGCCUGGAUCCUGCACUCCUCCGUAAACCCCUCUCAUGCCUUAAUAAAGGAACAGACAGUCCGAUAGAGAAAAUGGGCAAAAUGGAGAAGCCACAACGGGAAGAUCUCCAGCAAAGAGAUGGACCUGAACAACCUGACUCCCAUUUGAUUGACCUGUUGGAGCAGCUGACCAGCGUUAAUGCAGCAAGGCCGUCUGAAAGAGACUUUGUUAGACAAGAGGAAGCUGAUGAUCCUGCUUGUAUUCCUGUCUUCUGGAUUAGUAAAUGGGUUGACUACUCUGACAAAUACGGCCUCGGUUAUCAGCUGUGUGAUAACAGUGUUGGAGUUCUGUUCAAUGAUUCCACGCGUUUGAUCAUGUACACCGACGGUGACAGUCUGCAGUACAUUGACCGCAACACUGCAGAAUCCUACCUCAGCGUGCGCUCCUACCCCUCAGCGCUCUCCAAAAAAAUUACCCUCCUCAAGUAUUUCAGGAAUUACAUGAGCGAGCACUUGCUGAAGGCUGGAGCAAACAUCACUCCCCGGGACGGAGAUGAGCUCACCCGACUGCCCUACCUUCGUCACUGGUUCCGCACAAAGAGCGCCAUCGUGUUGCACCUUAGCAACGGAACUGUCCAGAUCAACUUUUUCCAGGACCACACUAAGCUUAUCGUGUGUCCUCUAAUGGGAGCAGUUACGUACAUCAAUGAGAAGCGUGAGUUCUGCACCUAUAAAAUGAGCCUGAUCGAAGAGUUCGGCUGCUGUAAAGAGCUGGCCAGUCGCAUGCGAUACGCGCGCAACAUGGUGGAAAAGCUUAUGACCUGCAAAAGCACUGCUGCAGCCACUACCUCCACCCACUGAUCUUGUGACAUCAUAACGGAGGGCUAAAGGGUAUGAGGUCGCAAUUGACCUGCACAUGAUCUCCCUCACCUGAGUCUGAGGGGCCCUUAAAUGUUUUUGAUGCAAAACGUUAUGUGGGUUCUACACUAUCAUUUCUUCCUUUGGAUCUGUUGUUUACUCUUGUUUUCGGGGUUGGAAGUUUAACACCUUGCAAGCUGUCUGUAUCAUGUGAAUGCUCUUUGUACAUGUUUUAAUGUUUUAGAACUUGUCUGUCUUUUUGACUGUUUUUUUUUUGUAUAAAAGCUUCUGGAAAUUAAUCUUAAUGUGUAUUUGAAAUGACUUAUUCCGGAUGAAUAAAGGUCUGCUUUUAGAGAAAUUAAGAUAUACCUAAUGUUAAAUAAAUGUUAAAAUGUUUUGAAA